UUAGCUUUACCGGAAUGUCGUCUUCAUUUCGAUAUUAGAUAUCACCUCUUGACUAUGACGCUCCUGUCAAACUACCUACUUUAAUAUACAGAUUUAGCGCACCUCGACAUUAUAAAUAAGAAAUUAAUGUGAUACAGUUCUCUGUCUAUAUUAAUCUUAAAUCAGUGUGGUGUGUCUAAUCAAUUAGUAUUUGGAGUGAACAAUGAUUUGACAUUUCCAAGCAUUUUAGUUCUGUUUUAUUUAUUUAUUUAAUGAUUGUCAUCAAAAUGUCAAGCGGGCACCGGAUGUGAAGACAAAUAAUUAGUUUCAGAUCCAAAACAUAAUCUGUGGAGUGAACAACCUGUAUCGGACGAGGUGCGACAAAACUUCUCUUGAAGAACAAUAUCAUUGGAUAACAUUUAUUAAUUCACUCUUCCGUUGAAAGAAAAUGAAGCACGCGGGAAAAUUUAUAUUGGCUGUUUCGUUGUGGGCGCUAGUUCAGUGUUCACCGUACGAUACCGGAAAAUACAAACAUAAAACAUACGACUACUAUGACGAUGGAAAGUACUACAGACCACCAACUGAAGGAAAAUAUGUACCAACAGACGAAGGAAAAUAUACUUAUAUAUAUCAACAGGGGGUUUACCCAUUUGAUGGUACUUACAAGCAUUUAGAGAGAGGAGACUCUAACGACUACAUAGGUUACCAAAUUUAUGCUCCACGGUUUCCCUUCAUAUAUAGUGUAAUUAAGGCGAUAAUAACUAAAUAUGUAUCGCCGGAUAUAUUAACUCUCGGUGAGCCAGUCGUCGAAAGCGUAAAUGAGGUGGACACGUUGAAGCCCGACCAAGAAGUCUCCAUGAAAUGUGAAGUUAUAGACACAGAAACCAAAAACGACACGGAAGUAUUUACACAGUACCCACCUCUACUUAAUAUAAAAGAAGGGGAGAAGUUAGGAACCAUUUACAACUUUAAAGGAAGUAAAACUUUAAGUACUGUAACGAACUCUUUAACAAAUAAGUUAAAAUUAGAAUAUGAAGUUUUUGUAAGGAUUGUCGAGGAUGUCUCAGAAUAAUGUAAAAUAGUGCUAUACCAACUCUUAUCAAUUAAUGUGAUGCAAGCGGAUCUUAAGUUAUAAUAAAAUAUUUUAAAUA